UCCAGGAAGAAACUCCGGAGUCAGAGGCGUCCAGCGGCAGUGACUGAGCGGCGUUUGAGGAGAAUUUCCAGGAGUUUCUGUCUCUGUUUUAUGCUGCUGUUUUAACGAAGAAACAGUCAAGAUGAUUAUCAAGGAGUUCCGGAUCGUUCUGCCCAUUUCAGUGGAGGAGUACCAAGUGGCACAACUGUAUGCAGUGGCAGAGGCCAGUAAGAAUGAGACGGGAGGAGGUGAAGGUGUGGAGGUGCUCAUAAACGAGCCGUACGAGGAAGAUGGACAGAAAGGACAGUACACGCACAAAAUCUAUCACUUGAAGAGUCGGGUACCGACUUUCCUCGGUAAGUGCGCUCCUCAAGGUUCACUUCGUGUCCAUGAGAAAGCUUGGAACGCGUAUCCAUACUGUAAAACCAUCCUCACGAACGAGUACAUGAAAGAAAAUUUCGAGAUUAAGAUCGAGACAUGGCACAAGCCUGAUAUGGGGGAUCAGGAUAAUGUACACAAACUGGACCCAGAGGUAUGGAAAGGAGUGGAAGUAGUAAACAUCGACAUUGCUGAUAGACAAGCUAUCAGUCCAAAGGAUUACAAAGAAGAUCAGGAUCCAGCCAAAUUCAAGUCAGUGAAGACUGGAAGGGGGCCUCUGGGACCAAACUGGAAGAAAGAACUCGCUGAAGACAGCAGCUGUCCACACAUGUGUGCCUACAAGCUCGUCACCAUUCAAUUUUGUUGGAAACUGAUCGGUAAUAGAGUGGAAAAUUUUAUUGACAAGAUGGAGAAACGCGUGUUCACCAACUUCCACAGACAGCUGUUCUGCUGGAUGGACAAAUGGUACGGGCUGACGAUGGAGGACAUUCGACGCAUGGAAGACGAGACACAGAAGGAGCUGGAUGAGAUGAGGGGGAAAGGUGAAGUCAGAGGCAUGUGUUCUGAGGAUAAAUGAUGUCAGCUGACUGCUGACUUCAGAGGAUUUGACUUCACUCAGCAAGCUCAGACUCCUCUUCAUCAGUGGACACUGGACCAAUAACAACUCGAUAGGCGUAAUCAGGAACAGCACACUUACAUUCUAAUAAAAUCUGCUCUUAAUAAGAGCUCAUUGUUGUGUGUAUUUAUAGAGUACAUUUGAAUACAGCUAUUCCAGCUUUUAGUGUUUUUUAAGAGACAGGAAUGAAAGUUUGUGAUUGGUUUUGCACUGUUCUUGCGUAUGCCUAUUUGGUCCUUGUACAUUUUAAUACUUUAGGGAAAAGGUGUGGGUUGUCUCUGAAAGAACCUUUUGGAUACUGUGAUCCUCCUUUGUAACAGUCUCACAGCUUUUGUUCUUAAUUGUAUUUUGUACACUCCAGUUUGUGGGAUCAGUAAUUGUAAUUUUCAUCAUGGCAAAAAAAAAGCCAGGAUGUUACUCUUUAAAUAAUUGACUAGAUUCUGAUUGUGCAACUAUUGCUCUGUCAUUUCUAAUUCCUGUACCGUCCUGUGCUUGGAGUUAUUUGAUUAAUACCAUAACGAUUCAAGGCCACAAGGCAAAUGCUUUAUUGAAAACUACUGAAUAUACUCCAGUGCAGGUAUUUAUUAUAUCAGUACAGUAAUCUUAUAAACUUUGUCUGGUAGCCCUUGAUGAUGCACUUCUCAGUUAAGAACAGUUGAAAAGCUGUGCUUGCAUCAUUGUGUUUUGUUCUUUGUUGAUUAAAUAAAAUAAUCUGGAUUUAAAUGUUCAA